ACAAUAUAAUAUAUAAGUUAAUUUCUAUGCCUUUUACUUGCUCGUAGAUGGGUGCUGGAUCUUCAAGUCAGAAUUCCUCCCCUGUUGUAUCCAUAAAAUCGCUGGACGACCAAGGUUCUGUACCCGAUGUAAAGCCAAAGAAGAAGAUCUGCUGUGCUUGCCCCGACACUAAGAAGUUGAGGGAUGAAUGCAUUGUGGAGCAUGGCGAAUCUGCUUGUGAAAAAUGGAUUGAGGCUCACCGCAAAUGCCUUCGUGCAGAAGGGUUUAAUGUUUGAAAUCUGAGAUAGCUUUCAUAAAUCAACUUGGAUAGUUGAAAACAUUAUUAUGGAGUACAUUUUUUUAAGUUAUAGAGAUUGGAAAAUUAACUUGUUUUGAAAAUAAUAAAAACAAUGUAAAAACAACUGUUCCAUUCUCUGAUAUUGAGAAAUUUAUGAAGUGAUAUUUGUUCA